UGUCAGCCAGACAAAGACAGUCAGUCUGAUGUGAUUGAGACAAGGGAGGUUUUCAGGGGGAGACUGGGAGAUAGGGGCCUCCCCUCCCCCUUCUCCUCUUCCUGCGCCGGCCUCAACCCCUCCCCAGUCCCCUCCUGACUGGCGCCCCACGCGGAAGACACCCCUCCCCCUCCCGCAUUCCCCUCCUCCCUGCCUCAGCCUUUUCGUACUGGGACGUUGGGGAGGGGGCUGUGCCGGGCGGAGAGAACUCAGCAAGGAUUCUGAGGAACAAUUCAAGAAUUUCUGACCUUACCACUUCUAUUCAACAGUGUACUGGAGUUCCUAGCUAUGCAGUAAGAAUGAUAAAUAACGCUGAUCAUCUCUAGAAAGGAUAUUGAUUCACCUCAUGUAAAGUAUGCUCAGUUCCUUUCCAGUGGUUUUGCUGGAAACCAUGUCUCACUAUACAGAUGAACCCAGAUUUACCAUAGAGCAGAUAGAUCUGCUUCAGCGCCUUCGGCGUACUGGAAUGACUAAACAUGAAAUUCUCCAUGCCUUGGAAACAUUGGACCGUCUUGAUCAAGAGCAUAGUGACAAGUUUGGAAGAAGGUCCAGCUAUGGAGGAAGUUCUUAUGGGAAUAGUACCAACAAUGUUCCAGCAUCUUCCUCUACAGCUACAGCUUCCACACAGACCCAGCAUUCUGGAAUGUCCCCAUCACCUAGCAACAGUUAUGAUACCUCCCCACAGCCUUGCACUACCAAUCAAAAUGGGAGGGAGAAUAACGAGCGAUUAUCUACAUCCAAUGGAAAGAUGUCACCCACUCGCUACCAUGCAAACAGCAUGGGUCAGAGGUCAUACAGUUUUGAAGCCUCAGAAGAGGACCUAGAUGUAGAUGAUAAAGUGGAGGAGUUAAUGAGGAGGGACAGCAGUGUGAUAAAAGAGGAAAUCAAAGCCUUUCUUGCCAAUCGGAGGAUUUCCCAAGCAGUUGUUGCACAGGUAACAGGGAUCAGUCAGAGCCGGAUCUCUCACUGGCUGUUGCAGCAGGGAUCAGACCUGAGCGAACAGAAGAAAAGAGCAUUUUAUCGAUGGUAUCAACUUGAGAAGACAAACCCUGGGGCUACACUAAGUAUGAGACCAGCCCCCAUUCCAAUAGAGGACCCAGAAUGGAGACAAACACCGCCCCCAGUCUCUGCCACAUCUGGCACCUUCCGACUACGACGAGGGAGUCGAUUUACCUGGAGAAAGGAGUGCCUGGCUGUCAUGGAAAGUUACUUCAAUGAGAAUCAAUACCCAGAUGAAGCAAAGAGAGAAGAAAUUGCAAAUGCUUGCAAUGCGGUUAUACAGAAGCCAGGCAAAAAACUGUCAGAUCUGGAACGAGUUACCUCCCUGAAAGUAUAUAAUUGGUUUGCUAACAGACGGAAGGAGAUCAAGAGGAGAGCCAAUAUUGAAGCAGCAAUCCUGGAGAGUCAUGGGAUAGAUGUACAGAGUCCAGGAGGCCAUUCCAAUAGUGAUGAUGUUGAUGGAAAUGACUACUCAGAACAGGAUACUUGGCAAGUACGCAAUGGGGAGGAGGAGGAGGGAAGAAGUUCAGAGGGAGGCAGAGAAGCAGAGAAGGAUGACAGCACUAGCCAUAGUGACCACCAAGACCCCAUCUCAUUAGCCGUGGAAAUGGCAGCAGUCAACCACACUAUCUUGGCCUUGGCCCGGCAAGGAGCCAACGAAAUCAAGACAGAGGCCCUGGAUGACGACUGAUCAGGGAGGGUUGAACAUGAGAAGUUAACUUAGUUUAGACGUAGCACCUUAGCAGACUUUCCUCGGUCCUUAACAUGUGUUCUUACAGUAUAACUUGCAGUUUCUUGUAUGUCAGUUAGCCGUUAGGGUCUUGUUCUGUGAAGAUGGCAUGGUGCCCUCAGCCUUUGCAUAUACUCUCUCAGUAUUAAUUCCC